AUGGCCGAGCAGUCCCAGCGGGAUGGCGGUCAGAAUUCCACAACCAUACAUGAGGAGUCAAGACAACCCUGCAAAGGACUCAUCAAUGCAAACCGAUUUGAUGACUUCGGCCUUGAGGACACUGCUAAGUGCUUCUCAGAGUGUGCACAGUCAGGGAAUGAAUCCUGCAAUCUGGGAAACUUGCAGAGAUACUGGCUGAACUAUGAGAUCCAUCUGGUGGAGAAGAGUCUGACAGAGACAGUGAAUAUGAGUUUUUUGAAGGCUCUUGUCAAGAACAUCAACACCAACAUCUCAGAAGACCUGCACUUCUCUCUGACCCUGUCUCAGAUUCCGAAGCAGGUGACAGAGGACGAGCACCAGCACCCUGACAGAGUCCGGCUGCCCAGGAGCCUUUUUAAAUCCUUGCAGGGCAGCAGGCCAGUGGUUCGGUUGGCCAUAACCAUCCUGGACGUUGGUUCGGGGAAUGUCUUCAAGGGUCCCCGGCUCAGCCUAGAGGAUGGCAGCAGCCUGUUGAACAAUCACGUGGUGGGCUUGAGUUUGGGUCGUAUAAAUGUCACUGGCCUGGUUGAGCCUUUGGAGAUCACCUUCUCCCACCAGCACCAGCCUCCUAACAUGACCCUCAGCUGUGUAUUCUGGGACGUGACUAAAGGGUCAUCAGGAGACUGGGCUUCCAAGGGCUGUUCCACAGACUUCGGAGUCAAUAGGACUAUGUGCCGCUGUGACCACCUGACCUUCUUCGCCCUGCUGCUGAGGCCGAUCUUGGACCAAGUCACUGUAAAGGCCCUCACACGCAUUUCCCAGGCUGGCUGCGGAACCUCCAUGAUCUUCCUGGCCUUCACCAUUGUCCUCUACGCUUUCCUGAGGUUUUCCCAGCAGAGGUUCAAGUCCGAAGACAUCCCCAAGAUCCACGUGGCCUUGAGCAUCAGCUUAUUUCUCCUGAAUCUGGCCUUCUUCAUCAAUGUGGGGUAUGGCCUGAAGGGGUCCAAUGCUGCCUGUUGGGCCCGGGGGGCCGUCUUCCACUACUUCCUGCUCUGUGCCUUCACCUGGAUGGGCCUGGAAGCCUUCCACCUCUACCUGCUCGCCAUCAAGGUCUUUAACACCUACUUCAGGCACUACUUCCUGAAGCUGAGCCUCGUGGGCUGGGGCCUGCCUGCCCUAAUAGUCAUCGUCACUGGGAGCACCAACAGCUAUGGCCCCUAUGCCAUCCGUGACAAGGAGAACACCACCACGCUGGAGCUGUGCUGGUUCUGUGAGAAAACUGCCAUCUCUGCGCUCUACGUCACUGUCCACGGCUAUUUCCUCAUCACCUUCCUCUUCAGCGCCGUGGUCCUGGGCCUGGUGGCCUUGAAGAUCUUCACUCUGUCGAGUGCCACAGCGGGCAAGGAGAAGAGGCAGCACUCGAAGGGGGUCCUCACCCUGCUGGGCCUCUCGAGCCUGGUGGGCGUGACCUGGGGGCUGGCCAUCCUCACACCCCUAGGCCUGUCCACCACCUAUGUCUUUGCACUGUUCACCUCUCUGCAAGGUGUCUUCAUCUUCUGCUGGUUUGUUGUUCUCUACUUCCCAAGACAGAGCACCAUGACCUCGUCUUCCGGCACUGCCCGGGCUGACCAGGCCCUCACCGUGUCUCAUGAAUAG